AUGGAAUCUGAGAGUGUUAAGGAACAUAUGUCAGAUUAUGAUACAGGAAGUGACGAAGAGAUUGAAAGGAUACUUUCUAAGGCCGACACUGAGAUUGUUCAUGACGGCGAAGAUGAUGUGCAUUUGCACGUGAGCAGAGUGAGUGGCAUUAGUGGCAGACGAGAAGAUGACAUACAACAAGAAAAUCUGUCCUUCACAUCUCCAGAAAACGGUCAUUGUAGUGAAGGGGACGAUCCUUACUUUACCCCUCCAGACCGGAAGUUGGGAUGUUGCGCCUGUUGUUUCUGUGGAAAAUCAAGAAAACAUAAAAAUCACGAAGUGUAUCCGAAAUCUUCAACACAUUCAAAGACACUCAACAAAAAACCUCCAAAUCGUUCAAAAUCUCAAAAUCGACGUGGCAAACGCUGCAUGAAAUGUUGUAAGCAGUUUGUCGCUUUUCUCUUCUCUCACAUAGGAAUGUGUUCUCUCGUAGUCGCUUAUUCCAUUCUCGGGGGAUUCAUUUUCAAAGAGUUGGAGGCUCCCUAUGAAAAGACAGCUCGUGCCAAUGUGGCAGCCCACCGAAAGGUCCAAGUGGACAGGCUGUGGAACAUCACUUACCUGUAUAACGUGUUACAUACAGCCAACUGGAGCAUAGCAGCUGACGAAAUCCUCAGGGACUUCCAGACCCUCAUCUACAAGGCCACCAAGGAGGAGGGCUGGGAUGGUAAAGACGGCGAGGGUGAAGUACAGUGGUCAUUCGCUGGAGCACUCCUUUACUCAAUCACCGUCAUCACAACGAUAGGUUAUGGACAUAUAGCUCCGAAAACUGCUCAUGGACGGAUGGUCACCGUUGUUUACGCUCUUUUCGGAAUUCCAUUGACUUUACUAUGUUUGGCGAACAUGGGUUCCUUCCUGGCCAACUGUUUCCGGUUCCUGUACAAACACGUGUGUCUCGCUGUAAUAUGGCUAUGUUGUCCGUCUCAAGCCAAAUGGCAAAGACAGUCUGACAGCCGCAUCAAGUCGUCCACUAAAGAAGAGGCGGACCUCAUCCGCUCGUCAAGGAAGGGCGAGCUACACGAUGACGUCACAAUCGUCAUAGGGGACAAAACGCCCAAGGCAAACAAAGAGAGCGAGAAAGUGCGCGUGCCGAUCCUUGUCAGCCUGAUGCUUAUUGCUGCCUACAUAUUUGGCGGCGCUACCUUGUUCGCUAUGUGGGAAGGCUGGGAUUACCUUGUGGGGUCCUACUUCUGUUUCAUCACGCUCAGCACGGUCGGAUUUGGGGACUUUGUUCCGGGGGCUGGACUAUAUUCCUUCUCUAACCAACAGAAACUCAUUAUCUGUGCAUUCUACCUGAUCUUUGGCCUGUCGUUGAUAGCCAUGUGCUUCGAACUCAUGCAGGAAGAAGUCCGAGCUAAGUUCCGGUGGCUCGGCACAAAGUGCGGCAUCAUCGAUGACGACCGGAAGUGA